CAGGUCUUUACCGACGAUGCGAAAUCGUAUCUCCUUCCUCCUACAAAAGAUUGGUGCUCCCGGGAAACAAAUGAGGCGGAAUAUACAAAUCUCUUGUCGUGGCAAACCCAUCAGUGACGAACAACUCUUUGAGUAUACAAAUGGAAAUUUUCUUGUUAAUGAGAGGACUCAAUUUGAACGACGUUAUGUGAAGUUUAACCUGGCUGCUCUCUGCGCUGUUGCUGCCACGGCGGGAGGCGAAGAGUCUCCCAUUAAUGCAGUUGAAAAGAUGGAAGGGGGCUUCAGCAAGGCCCUUUUAAUGAAAAAGGAAAAUGGAAUGGAGAUUAUUGCAAAAAUUCCAUGUCGCAACUCUGGACCGGCAGUGUACACUACUGAAUCAGAGGUGGCUGUUUUGAAAUAUGUGAGCCAACAUACAAAUGUUCCAGUCCCAGAGGUCUACACGUGGUCCUCAGAUCCCACGAACCCCGUGGGUGUAGAAUAUAUCAUUAUGGAGAGGGCAGCAGGGAUUCCUGUUUUCAAGAUAUGGGGUGAGAUGUCUCAGCCCAACAAACUGGAGCUCAUCAAGCAGCUUACCAAGUUUGAACGUGAACUUUCCUCGAUCCAGCUCCCCGCCUAUGGCAGCCUGUAUCUACGGGCUUUUUGUGGGAACCUUCCAGGAUGUAAGCUGCUUGACUUGGACAUUGAUCCCUCAGAAUCAUACUGCGUGGGCCGCUCAGGCGACAGAUCAUACAUGCUGGAUGACUAUAAGGAAUGGGAUGACUCCAAAAUAGAUCUAGGACCAUGGACUACAUUAUCUGCGUAUGGUAUUGCGAUCGCAAAGCGGGAGAUAUUCCGUGUUUUACAUGGUUCAUCACCGCACCCAGGAACUUUCUAUCAGGGAAGUCCUAUAGAGCGGAAGGGCCUUCUGGAAAGCACUAUACACCUUCUGAAGUUACUGGACUCGCAUCCCACUCUCGCAAAAUCCGCUAAGCCUGUCAUCUGGCAUACGGAUCUUCAUAUGGGAAACAUUUAUGUGUCUCCAAAUGAACCAUCGCAGAUCCUUUCACUCAUUGAUUGGCAAUCAAUAUCCAUCCUUCCGCUUUUUUUGCAAGCACGAUGGCCAGUCUUCCUGGAACCACCGCAAAAUUAUGCUCAAGGAUUUCAAAAGCCGGGGCUUCCUGAUAACUUCGAUGAGCUGGACCUGGAAGAACAACAGUUGGCAAGGUAUGAGCAGCAGCAAGCUGUAGCCGCCAAGGCAUAUGAAGUUUCAAACUAUCUUGAGAAUAGGCCUGCCCAUACCGCGAUGAACCUUCCGCGCGUUUUCCGGGAACUGUUCAAGCGCUGCGGUGAAACUUCAGAAGUUGGAGUUAUCCCGCUUCGAGCCUGUCUUAUAGAGAUCUUCGAGAACUGGCAUGAGCUGGGAUUUACUGGUGACUGCCCUUACUCCUUCAGCCAAGGGGAGAUAGAAGAGCAUGAUUCCCAGUUCAGGGAAUACGAGGAUUGGCAUAAGGCUCAUGAGCUAGCGAGGAAGUGUUUGGAUACGGAUGAAGAUGGAUGGAUACCUCCCGAGAUGGACAUCAUAGAAAAGCGCCGGCAAAACCAGGAACUACUGGAUAUGUUCAUCAAACAGAUGGCGGCCGAGAAAUCCCCAGAAGAAGCGCGACGGAUGUGGCCUUUCGUUGAAAGCUAUUAGGUUACCAAGAAGAAUCUCUAGGUGGAAUAUCAGAGUCUUGCUAUUCCUGGAACAUUUGUUUGACAAUAACUUGGCUGAAUGUCUUAUUUUUUUUCACCCAAAAGACUUAAUUUUAGGGGUGAUCCGGCCAGAGAGAUCAGGCCACCACUACAUAUGACCAAUCACGGAACAUGUUAGCGGUAGCCAUAGUCUGCCUCAAGUAAAAGGCCUGUUUAUCAGUCUUGGACAAGCAAUGGGUUCAUAACCAGUGGUUGGUCGUUGGUCGAUCUGGUACUGAGAGGCAAGAUAAUUCAGAAAAGAUGUCAGCAAUUCACCAUUAUGGAACUGCCCAAGGCAGACCAACAAAGGCAAGCGCUGAGCCUUCCCACUUGAUGAGAAGGUCCACCACCCUGAUGAGGCCUUCAACAGAACUCUCAGGGACAACACAAGAAUUGCUUGGAUCAAGAAGUGAUACC